AUGGCGCUGUCCGCCGCGGACAAGGCAGCGGUGCGCGCGCUCUGGAGGAAGCUGGGGAGCAACGUCGGGAUCUACACAACCGAGGCCCUGGAGAGGACCUUCGUGUCCUUCCCCGCCGCCAAGACCUACUUCCCCCACUUCGACCUGAGCCCCGGCUCCGCCCAGGUCAAGGCCCACGGCAAGAAGGUGGCCGACGCGCUGACCCUCGCCGUGGCCCACCUGGACGACCUGCCGGGCGCGCUGUCCGCUCUGAGCGACCUGCACGCGCACCAGCUGCGUGUGGACCCCGUCAACUUCAAGUUCCUGAGCCACUGCCUGCUGGUCACCCUCGCCCGGCACUACCCCGGAGACUUCGGCCCCGCCAUGCACGCCUCGCUGGACAAGUUUCUGAGCCACGUGAGCUCGGCGCUGGCCUCCAACUACCGCUAGACUCGGAGGGGGCGUCGCGGGACCCCAGCCGCCCCUCCCGCGAGCUCCGGAGUCCCACCAGUGGACCCAGCAGAAGACCAAGCUGAAGGAGAAACGGGCAGCUCACGGUGCCGAUGGUGGACAGACAUUUGCAGUGAUCCUCA